AUGGCCACCACGCUGCAUCGGAGCGACCCGAAGCUCUCCGCAAUACUGCUGCGGAACUACAGCUACAUACCGUCCGACAGCAUCCAGGAGUGUCUCUCGGGGACGCCGUUGCGCGUCGAUGGGCAGGAGUUCGACAUAUCCUCUCAGGCGUUCCUGACGCCUCUCAAUUUCAAACCUCUCCUGUGCUGCGUCCUCAAUGCCUGCUGCCAGCACAAGUUCCUACUAGCCGACCGCAUACUUACUGCGAUGCACUCAUGCUUCGCCGUGUCACCGGGGCUGUACGAAGCACUGGUGGAUGGAGAGUAUGUGAACAACAUGGUGCUCAUAUUGGAGAACAUUUGCAAAAUCAAGGAUUGGGACAGGAGUGUGCCCUGCGUCAGACUGCUCAACAUGUGCUCAUCGGCCAUGCUAAGACACCAGACCCGGGGCAAUAUCGACCAACUCUACAGGCGCAUCAUACGAAAGAUAUGCAACUCCAUCGCUAAGUUUCACAUCACGGGUGAGAUGAAUUCUCGCGUACUCUAUAAACAGCUCAGUGGACGAAAAGGGAGCCAAUACGACAUACGAGCUGCGCAACCUCUACGAGGCGGUGGAUUUUUUGAGGACCUUUCUCGAGUACCUUUUAAGUGGUGCGUGUUAUUUUGGUGGAUGGAGAUAUUUGCUGCAACAGUGGGCAUCAACUUUUACAUCGACAUUGAGCCGUUCCGGAGGUCUAUGCGCGACACGAGAACCCUCGUCAUCAUCGCUAUUGCGAAACACUACGCCUAUCAACGAUUUGGCUGCAGCACCCCCGUAAAGUUGGAGAGCAUCGAGCUGGAUAGAAACGUGAUAUGGAGGGAGUGUAGCAUACUUGUGACGUUUACCGACCUAAAAGUAAAGUCUUUAGAUGAUCAGUUUAACGGCUUCAGAUGGUUGAUCGCACUGGACCUAGUGAUAGAGCUGCCGCUGAUCAGCUGUAUCGACACGCAUGACAACGCCCACAGUUUGAAAUUCUACUUCGAUGUGAAUCUCGCCUACCUCAAAAGUUCGUCGCAGAGUUGUCAAAUAACACAUGGUCAGAGCACCUGCCUACGAUACUUGGUUUGGGAUUUCGCCACGAAAUUGCUCAGCAAUACCGCUUUUGCAUAA